UGCAGCUAUAGCCAACAAGCACCAGUAAUAAAAGCAGAACACAGAGACGCAAACUUCUAUCGAAAACAUCUAUGGCCACAGCUGCUCAGCUCUCCGGCCACUUUAACCGGCCAAUCAUCACCGCCGUUAGAACUGAUCACCGGCUGCAUGUAACCACCACUCAUUACCUCCCUCUCCCACGGAGACAACGCAGCUUAACAUCUCGUCUGCGGCAUUGUAUGAGUCUUCAAGUGGGCAACGAAACGCCUCCGACAUCGACGGUGGACAUGGAACAGCUCGUCGGGUUCCUAUACAAGGAUCUUCCUCACCUUUUCGACGACCAAGGGAUCGAUCCGAAGGCCUACGAUGAGCGCGUGAAGUUCAGAGACCCCAUCACCAAGCACGACACUAUAAGUGGAUAUCUCUUCAACAUCUCUCUCUUGAAGAAUCUCUUCACUCCUGACUUUCGACUCCACUGGGCAAAACAGACAGGUCCAUACGAGAUAACAACAAGGUGGACUAUGGUAAUGAAGUUCUCGCUUUUACCGUGGAAGCCAGAGCUCGUGUUCACAGGGUUAUCAAUCAUGGCUGUUAAUCCAGAAACUAAGAAAUUUUGCAGCCAUCUGGACUUGUGGGACUCUAUAAAAAACAAUGACUACUUCUCUUUUGAAGGUCUUGUUGAUGUGUUUAAGCAGUUACGGGUGUAUAAAACGCCUGAUUUGGAAACUCCAAAGUAUCAGAUACUGAAAAGAACAGCAAACUAUGAGGUGAGAAAGUAUGAACCUUUUAUAGUAGUGGAGACAAACGGUGACAAGCUCUCUGGCUCCUCAGGUUUCAACAAUGUGGCAGGGUACAUAUUUGGGAAAAACGCGACGAUGGAGAAAAUACCAAUGACAACACCAGUGUUCACCCAAGCAACGGAUCCUGAACUCUCUUCAGUGUCAGUACAAAUUGUCAUUCCAUCUGGAAAAGAUCUCAGCAGCUUACCAAUGCCUAAUGAAGAAAAGAUAAACUUGAAGAAGUUGGAAGGAGGUUUUGCUGCGGCAGUGAAGUUUAGUGGGAAACCAACGGAGGAUGUUGUCCGUGAAAAAGAGAAUGAACUGAGGAAGAGUUUGAGUAAAGAUGGUCUUGAAGCUAAGACGGGUUGUAUGCUUGCUCGUUACAAUGAUCCAGGACGAACAUGGAGCUUCAUAAUGAGGAACGAAGUUAUCAUAUGGCUUGAGGAGUUCAGCUUGGAUUAGCUAGAUCUUUGCUUGGCCAAACGUUACCAAAAAGUUACCAUAUUGUAUGUAGAGACUCAGUUUACUUCAUUGUUGCAAGAUCACCACACUCCGAGAAUAGAAAAGUUGUAUACUUUGUCUUUAUGGUUCAAUGAAAAGUUGUAUACUUUAGAUAAAA